CUCCCUCGCCAUUCUCCACCGCAACUUCCAUUUCCGGCGACUUCUCCGAUCGCUCUCCGGCGAGGCUUCACCCGAAGCCAUGGCAACAGAAUGACUCUUCGCCGAUCGCCAUGUCGGUCUCCUGCUCCAACUGCUUCCCCGACUCCUUCCUCCUCUGCGGCGAGGAUUCCUCCGAAAUCUUAUCCGGCGACUCGCCGGAGUGUUCCUCCGACCUCGAUUCAUCGCCGCCGGAGGAGGAGGAGUCCAUAGCUGGAUUCAUCGAAGACGAGCGCAACUUCGUUCCCGGAUUCGACUACCUCAGCAGGUUCCAGUCUCGCUCUCUCGACGCCUCCGCCAGAGAAGAAUCCGUUGCAUGGAUUCUCAAGGUGCAGGCUUAUUACGCUUUUCAGCCGCUCACCGCUUAUCUUUCCGUUAACUAUAUGGAUCGGUUCUUGAAUUCUCGGCCGUUGCCGCAAACCAAUGGGUGGCCACUGCAGCUUCUAUCAGUCGCGUGUUUGUCGUUAGCGGCAAAGAUGGAGGAACCUCUAGUUCCGUCUCUUUUGGACCUUCAGGUAGAGGGUGCCAAAUACUUAUUUGAGCCCAGAACAAUUAGAAGGAUGGAGCUACUUGUCCUUGGUGUCUUGGAUUGGAGGCUAAGAUCGGUUACCCCAUUUAGCUUCCUCGGUUUCUUUGCGUGCAAGUUAGAUUCAACUGGAACUUUUACUGGGUUCCUCAUUUCACGGGCUACACAAAUUAUCUUAUCCAAUAUCCAAGAGGCAAGCUUUCUUGCCUAUUGGCCAUCAUGCAUUGCUGCCGCGGCCAUUCUCCAUGCAGCUAACGAAAUUCCUAAUUGGUCUCUCGUUAGGCCAGAGCAUGCUGAGUCGUGGUGCGAGGGGCUAAGAAAGGAGAAAAUUAUAGGGUGCUACCAAUUAUUGCAAGAACUUGUGAUUGACAAUAACCAGAGGAAACCCCCUAAGGUGCUACCACAGCUGCGUGUGACAUCUCGGCCCCCUAUGAGGUCUAGUGUCUCGUCAUUCUCAGCAUCCUCAUCCUCUUCUCCUUCAUCCUCAUUGUCUUGUAAAAGGAGGAAAUUAAAUAACUGUUUGUGGGUAGAUGAUGACAAGGGAAACUCCCGGUGAAGAGAAAAUAACAGUAAUAAAGAAGGAAAAAAGAAUGGAAUAAGGUGGUGGUCCAAGUUGUCCAGAAACCUCAACAAUUUUUUAGAGGGUCUUUUUCGAGUUUAAAAUUGACUAGAGUCAUGGUGUACAUUAUAAUAUGUAGAAUAUCUUAUGAGAGUUGUGAGCCUUUAUUGUUGUUAUUAUUGUUUUGUUGGUGGGUAGUAUUGCCAUUCAUCAAUGGCUUUGCAGAUUCCCUAGGGAAGGGGAUUUUGCAACAUAAAUAUAUUUAAAAAGUGUGUGAGAGAGAGGGGAAAUAUACAAAGAUGCAUUUAAUGGUCUGGUCGUGCAAGUGUGGAAGAAAGAAGUGGAGAGUUUGGAAUUCAACGAUGCGCUGGUUAUUGGUGAAAGGGUAGAGGACGGUGGGACACUGCUUCAGAGCUUGGAAGAAGAAAAAAAGCAGAGUCGCAGAUAUUGAAAGUUUGAAGUUUGAGCUGUUUCUUAUAAUGGGUUCUCUAAGUCAAGCUUCUCAUCUUGGCCAGCACCUUCGCUUCUUCUGUUUACACGUUACUUUUUCAUUGUUAGAUGGGAUACCACUAGAGUACAAAAAAGAAAUAGCAAUAAGUUGAAGAUUGCUACAUUUUGUGGGGCUUUUUUUUUCUUAUGAUACGCGUGAGACGGCCUCUGGAGCGUGUCUCGCACGUGCGGAUGUGUGAUUUUUUUUUUUCUUUUCCUGUUUUAGUUAUGGCGGGAAUUGCUUUUUAUUUCUUUUUCUUUUCGGCCUUUGCUUUGGCCUAACUAUACAGGAUCCGUUGGCUGUUGUCCUCGCGUGAUGGAAACACGUGUCUAUAUUUUUAAAUUUUUCUAGAUUUUUUCAUUUGUUUUCGAGAGGGGAGAACCCUCUUUUCUUUAUAGAGCCUAAUUGGCUUUGGGAGAAAUGGGAGGAAAGGUCUUUGGGGCCUUUUCCAGCGUGCUUUGUAUUGAAUUCAUUAAUAAUGACACUAUUAAUUUAUAAUUUCUUUUAUUACCAUA